GUGCAGUCGGGUGAUUUAAUAUGUAGCUUUCAUACAAGCUGUCGUAAAUGCAAGCCUGAUGUUCAAUAUGACAACAUCUGGAUGAUGACAUUGUAUAUAUCGACAAGUUAUCGAUCUGACAGCGACCGAUCUGUGAUACGGGCAGUAUGAAGCUUUGAAAAUUAUUCAACCAGAAACAGAGCAAAGCUUCACGAUCACCACCAAAGGAGUGGAUCAUUAUUACUCUGGACAAUUGAAAUCAACGUCAACGUCAGUCAUGAUGAAGAUCAUGUUUGUCGUUGUUUCCAUGGCAAUACACGUUCAUUGCACGAUCGACAUCCAUCUUUUCGGACUGUUCCCAAUGGAAGGGCAGUACGCAGGCGGGCUGGCCCAACUGCCGGCAGCCAUGAUGGCCGUUGACGACAUCAACAAACGCCAGGACAUUCUACCCGGCUACAGGCUGCAUAUGAAGUGGAAUAAUUCAAAGUGCAACAAAGGUGUGGGCGUGAAGGCGCUGGCCGACAGCUUGUAUACCCAAGGCACCAGUUUGAUGGUCAUAGGUGGUGCAUGUUCUGCUGUGUCUGAGGCAACAGCCAGGGUGUCACAUCUGUGGAACCUCGUGCAGAUCUCCUAUGGAUCUGUGUCUCCCUCACUGUCAAACAAGAAGGUGUUCCCAAAGUUCUUCAGAGUUAUCUCCCCUGAGGCCAACACCAACAAAGUCCGUGUAAAACUCUUCAAGCAUUUUGGCUGGAAUAGGAUAGCAAUCAUCUCUGAGAACAUGGACCUAUUUUCCUCAGCAACGGAGGACCUUAUACAGAAACUUAAUGCUGAGAAUAUAACGGUACUAUCACAUCAGUUCUUCAGCGAUCCAACCAUUGACGUUAGAGCACUGAAGAAUCAGGAUGCAAGAAUCAUUGUAGGCAACUUCUAUCCCCGGCUAGGGCGGGAAGUCAUUUGCCAGGCGUUCAGAGUCGGUCUGUACGGAAGGAAGGUGGUUUGGCUACUCCCUGGCUGGUUCUAUCCCCAUUGGUACACGGAAUAUAAUGACACUGCCAACUGUACCACCCAGGACAUUCUUAAAGUGACAGAGAACGCCUUCAGCCUUGACAACGUCUACUACAAUCCGAGCGAUGACGUGUCAAUCUCUAACAUGACGUCAUCGCAGUUCCGCUCAAGAUACACGGAUCUCUUAGACCGGACAACAAACAGCACGUUCACAUCCGGGUAUGAGCGGGCACCUGCUGCUUAUGACGUAAUAUGGGCAGCAGCCAUAGCGUUGAAUCAAACCAACAACUAUCUUAUACAAACCAAUGACUCCCUUAAAAUCGAAAACUUCACAUACACGGACAAACGACUGGGACAGCUGAUAUUUGACAACGUCCGCAAACUUAAUUUCACUGGAAUUCCCGGCAAUGUACAGUUUGAUGACCAUGGAGACCCGAGGAGUUUAAUCAGCAUACGUGUGUUACGAGACUCGACACACAUCCGAGUGGGAGUAGGAGACACGACUGACCGUGACAUACAGUGGCUGAUGCCAUCCACAGAUUUCACUGUGUUCAGAGAUGGGCGUGUCCCCGUGGACAGCGUGAGGGUGGAGGAGAGGGUCAUCACGCUGCUAGUUGACAUCACAUAUAUUUAUGGGUGUGUUAUUGUAGAUGGGCGUGUCCCCGUGGACAGCGUGAGGGUGGAGGAGAGGGUCAUCACGCUGCUGGUUGACAUCACAUAUAUUUAUGGGCGUGAUGGGCGUGUCCCCGUGGACAGCGUGAGGGUGGAGGAGAGGGUCAUCACGCUGCCAGUGCCGGUGUACAUCGCCAUGUGUUGUCUGGCUGGAGCCGCCAUGUUCCUGGCCAUUGCUUUCCUUGUGUUCAACGUUGUCUGCAGAAAUGAAAGGAUAAUUAAGAUGUCCUCCCCCAACCUGAACAACGUCAUCCUCAGCGGCUGUGUCAUCACCUACACAGGGGUGUUCCUGACCGACCUCAACAGUGGCAACAGACAGUGUCAGGUAUUCCAAGCUAGGAUCUUUGUCUUGACGAUUGGUUUCUCGAUGACAUUUGGUGCCCUGUUCGCCAAGACCUGGAGGGUGUACGUCAUCUUCACCACCAACUUCAAGGUCACCACUAACAAGGUUUACAAGGACUGGAGUCUUUUUCUGAUGGUCGGGAUACUAGUUCUGGUGAACUCUGGGAUCCUGCUUGCCUGGAUACUCAUGGACUCUAUCUCCAUCACCCAUCACACACUGACACCUGAAACAGUAACAGAUGCUGAUGUCUUAAUCCAGCCCGUGGUACACCUGUGUAGCUCACCGAACAGCAAGUUCUACCUUGGACCCAUCCUCGGUGUGCUGGGGACACUGCUGCUGUAUGGAGUCUUCUUAGCCUGGGAAACCAGGAAGGUACACGUUGAGGUCUUGAACGACUCUCGCUACAUCGGGAUGUGCAUCUACAACACCGUAGUCCUGGGGGUGAUGGGGGUCUUCGCGUUUCUCGCCCUCAGGAAGGAGGUCCUCAUACACUAUUCAGUGGAAUCGACUGUCACCAUCCUCGCAACCGCAGUCACCCAGACGCUCAUCUUUGUCCCCAAGAUCAGUGCCUACAGGAAUGAGAAUCGUCUUCAGAAGGGAACAGCUCCAUCGGUUGUGAAGACCAUGCAGGAUCUCUCUCAGGAUUCAUUUGAAGGAACACCAACCCCUCAUGGGAGCUAUGGAGAUUCAUCCGAAUUCAUACACACAAUUCAGGGGACUUAUCCCGAUUCAACUGAAGCCACCCAAGCAAUGCAGUGCCGCGAACAGCAUAUUUGAUGCCCGUUACGAUCAUGUGUGACGUUACCAUUUUUGGCACAGUGCAUUGUACACGGUGGAGAGACCUCAUUGUUCAGGAGACUUCGUUUUAAUCUCUAAACAACAUUCAUCACUGAUUAUCAUUUGAUUCAAAGACGAUAUUCGAACUCCAUUAAAACAGGUUUGGUUUCUAUCUCCCACAUAUCCACAGACAUACAUCCCACAACAUGUUUUUUUCCGAAACUAUGAAAGCUAUGUACAUCUUCAUAUGUGGAUUUAUAUCGUGGGGUUAGGAAGCUUUAUAAUUUCUCAAAUUCAAGA